AUGAUGGCAUUAACAGAAGAUCAAUUAGUAUGUUUUUUUCGCUUAUUAAAAAAAAUUUAUGAUAGCGUUUCAGACGUGUUAUUUUCCAAAAAAAAUUAUAAUAUACUCGAUGAUAACGUUAAAAAUCAUGAAAGUAAUAAUUAUUGUAACUUAUUCAGCACUUUCGAAUACAAGUAUAAAGGAAUUAAAGAUUUGUGUCAAAAAAUUGCUAAGAACUUAAAAGAAUUACCAUCAUUAAAUAAUGUUGGAAAAACUUAUCGUGAUCGUUGUUCUUAUAUGAAUUACUGGGCAUAUAAUGAAAUUUUGAAAAAAUAUCAAUCAAAUUUUGUUGUCAUUGACAGAGAUUUGGCAGAUAAACUUUUUGACGUUGUUUUUAAUAUUAAUAAAGAUCAUUUAAGUCUAGAUUAUAGGUGUUAUAUUCCUUUUGAAGGAGAUUUUUUUAAAUGGAAAAAUUUGAAAAUUUUACAUGAUUACUUUAGAAAUGUUGAUGAAAUUGAGAGUAAUAUUGAUUCGAUUGAAAAGGACAAGUGCGAAGAAUAUGAUAAGUAUAUCCAAUUAAUUAAACCAAUUUAUGAUAUAUAUGCAGGAAAAUGUUGCACAUGGGAAGAUGAAUGUCCAUUUUUUUUGUGUGACUAUAAGUAUGAUCAUCAUGUAAUAUUACAUAAAUUAAAAAAACGUUGUAAUGGUACAUCAUAUAGCAGAACGCCAGAUUCAGAUACAAAGAGAAAAAUUCGUCAUGAAGAGGAUAAUUCAGAUUACAUAACUCUACCUAAUCUACAAUUACUUGGUGCCAAGCAUGAGGCGACGGUUAAAGCCAAAAGUACUAAAAAAUAUAUAUACGCAAAUGUAGAUGAGACAAAAACUCCUACUACAUAUAAAUACCUUAGAUGUCGUAAAUGGUUUAUAAACAAAGGAGAAAAAGAUGAUGAUCUUUCUACAUUUGCUAGGUGUUAUGAAACUCCAGUAAGGCAAGAAUCUUUUGAUAAAGUUUUUAUAUCUUCUGCAAUAAAGAAUCAAAGAGAUACAAUAAUUCUAGAUUUAAAAUCUACGGAUUUUGAUUCAACUAUUAGAGAUGCUUCUGAUAUGUUAGAAACCCCAAAUCACAUAUCAAAAACAAUAACUUUUCGUAUUGGCGCAUCCAUUGUUUUGUUUUUAGGAAUCGCUAUGGUUUUUUUUAUUUAUUUUAAAGUAAAUAAAAAUUCGUAUAGAAAUUUUACGCCGCUUGGAUCUUGGAUAAAAAAUAGGACAAGAAAAAAUAAAACAGUUAAAAAGAAUCACAAAGUUCAACGCAGAAAUCUUCCACCAAAUACUUCCCCAAGACGAGCAAAUGCUAAUAUCCCUAACAAAACAAUACGAAUCAUGUACGAUUCAUAG